AUGAUAAUUCACUGGAAUGUUUGCACUGAACUCUCAAGCGAUCUAAUUAGGAGAUCAGUCUGCGGAAUAUGGGUUUGUUUUCAGAUAAAAUAUAUCAAUAUGUUGGUGAGGUCGGGAUGUGAUCCGUCAAUAAGUGAUGCCAAACAGAAACGUACUCCCUUGAUGCUGGCUUGUCUAAUGAGGAACGAAGCAGUCGCCCAGCUAUUAAUCCAGCUGAAGGUGAAUCUGACCGCAGCUGAUCGCUUGGGCAAUACUGCGUUGAUGUAUGCGGCUAUCUACGGUCAAACGUCAGUUGUUGGAAUGUUGGUGAAUGAGUUGACAAGGCGAUGGAGUUUCGACGUGUUUCGAGCCAGGAAUCUCAUGGGUUACACGGCUGAGGCAUUGGCCAAAAAGAACGGACGUUACGAAUGCUCAAGGUUACUUCCAAAGCGAUCGAUCUAGUUGCUGAAACGAGAAAGGAUCCAUAUGCUGCAACGUAUGCAUCGUCAACUUGCGUUGAUACAUUUGAGCGCUUCACUGAAAGGAUGGAAAAACUAUGGAACUCUUUAUAAG